GCCAGGCGCUCGCUUGGCGCGGCCAAGCGGUCGCUAACACACAAACAUGUAAUUCGAAAUUCAAAAGUGUUCGAUACAUCGACAUCGAUACGUUGGACAGUGCAACACUAUCGUUAACUAGUGAUGUGAAUCGAUUAUUUUAUUUCUGAAUUUUUUAUAAGUGCGACAGUCGCGUGUGUGGCAAACUGCGGUCUUAUUUUUUACACAGGUUGUGGUGAUGUGUGAGCGAUGUGGUGGCCGGCAGUUCUGAGCCGCUGGCAGGAGGAAGAGGCGGCCAUGCUGCGCCGCGGACAUAGCCGCGCGCCGGCAACCUAGCUGCCCGCAUCCUGUAUAUGAACCACAGGAGAUAUCACAAAGAUGAAUCUCCUGAACAUGGACGCGGAAAACCGCGUAGUGCUGAAUGUGGGCGGCAUUCGCCAUGAGACGUACAAGGCGACGCUGAAGAAGAUCCCCGCGACGCGUCUCUCCCGGCUCACCGAGGCGCUUGCCAACUACGACCCGUGCUGGAUGACUUACACUCAGCACCGAGAUACCCAGGAGACUUUAGCCGUCUUAGACCGUCUGGAUCUCGACACUGAGAAGCCGUCGGAUGAGGAGGUGGCGCGUAAAUUCGGAUUUGAGGAGGACUACUACAACGGCACCGUCUCCUGGUGGCAGCAGAUCAAACCGCAGAUGUGGUCUUUGUUUGAUGAGCCUUACAGCUCGAAUGCAGCAAAGAUAAUCGGUGUGAUUUCAGUGUUUUUUAUAUGCGUGUCGAUUCUAUCGUUCUGUUUGAAGACACAUCCGGAUAUGAGAGUGCCCGUUAUUAGGAACUAUACAGUGACGACGGCCAACCAAACACAAAGCUGGGCGCUGGACAAAGUGCAAACGAACGCCCAUAUAGCUUUUUUCUACAUUGAGUGUGUGUGUAAUGCGUGGUUUACACUAGAAAUCCUUGUCAGAUUCAUAUCCUCUCCUAAUAAAUGCGAAUUUGUCAAAUCCUCCGUCAAUAUCAUCGACUACAUCGCAACCAUGAGCUUCUACAUUGACCUGAUCCUCCAAAAGUACGCUUCUCACGUCGAGAAUGCUGACAUUCUAGAGUUCUUCUCUAUCAUAAGAAUAAUGAGACUUUUUAAAUUGACCAGACAUUCGUCCGGUCUCAAAAUAUUAAUACAAACAUUUAGGGCGUCCGCCAAGGAAUUGACUCUUCUAGUCUUUUUCUUAGUUCUCGGUAUAGUUAUAUUUGCAAGUUUAGUAUAUUACGCGGAACGUAUACAAACGAAUCCCCACAAUGACUUCAACAGUAUACCACUAGGAUUGUGGUGGGCGCUGGUAACCAUGACGACGGUAGGCUACGGAGACAUGGCGCCCAAAACAUAUGUCGGCAUGUUCGUCGGUGCUCUUUGUGCUCUGGCUGGUGUGCUGACGAUAGCUCUACCGGUGCCAGUUAUUGUAUCCAACUUUGCCAUGUAUUACUCACAUACACAAGCGCGGGCCAAACUGCCUAAGAAGAGGCGUAGAGUGAUCAACGUUGAACCGGCCAGGCCGCCUCUUAGAGCCCCAGGUGUACCCGGUGCUCCCGCUGGCCCGAUGGCCCCUGGCAUGGGUCCUCAGGCCGUCAAUAGAAGAAUGAAUGCCAUAAAAACUAAUCACCCCAAAGAUAUGAUUGGACCUAACAUGGUCGCAAGCCUAAUGCCAACAAUGGAUCUGUCGGUUGCGGCGCGUCUCACACCAAGUCCCCGCGACCUCAGUCCUGCCCUGGCUAUCGCUAUACCGAUGAUGAAAUCAGUUAACAUCGUACCAACACAAUGCUUCGAUAAUAUGGCCUUUCAUAAUGAAAAAACUGAUGACCAAGAAAACACAGAUAGCAAAACGAGCAGACAAGAAUCAACUGAAAGCAACAGUACUGUAAAAGCAAAGAAUUAUAAAAAGGAACUCUUCAGAGAAAAUGCUGUUGAUAAAAUAGAUGCUAGAACACCUCUUUUGAGAGAUCAUAAAAUCGAAUCACUGGACGAAACGAAACUGAGGGACAAUAAAGUUGAAAAAAGAAAAUCAUCCGCAUCAACAUAACGUAUAGAAGUUUAUAACAAUGUAUGCGAUCGCUUUUUUUCCAAAAGAGACCAAAUAUUUUAAUAAAUAUCGAUAUUUAAUGCUAAGAAUUAUUUGUAUCGAUUGAAAAGCACCGCAACAUUUUUCAAAUGUUUAUUAAUAUUUUUAAUAGUUAAGUUAAUAAAAAUAUUUGAUAUCAACGUAAAUUAAGAUUCAUAUUUCCUAUAUUAAUAUUGAUUAUAAUUUUUCAACGAUGCAUUUCUUAUUUUGUUGCUAGUUUAACCACAAACGUCAAACAAAUCUGAAUAAAUAACAAAUAAUAUUGGUUAAGGUGCCGCAUCUCCGAAAAUUCCCGAAUUAUGACAUCAUAUAAAAUUAGACACAUCUUUGAAUAGUAAAUCGUGCUUCAAAUGUUUAAAAUAAAACAUAAUAUGG